CAAUUGCUGUAACAAUUCUAAAACCACAGAACUUUAAUUCAAUUUUUUACCCCAUCAAAACAUGGGCAAAACUAAGAGGAUAUUCACUCUUCUGCUCAGGUUGAUGGCCUUCGCUGCAACAGUUUCAGCUACAAUUGUAAUGGUUUCCAGCCAUGAGACAGCUAGCUUCUUUGCAGUAUCAUUUGAAGUUAAGUACAGUGACACACCGGCCUUCAAGUACUUCGUGAUUGCAAAUGCAAUUGUCAGCAUCUAUGGCUUUUUGGUUCUCUUUCUUCCUUCCGAGAGUUUGCUCUGGCGUUUAGUUGUUGCCUUGGAUAUGGUUUUCACGUUGUUACUGGGUUCAAGCAUUUCGGCUGCCUUGGCUAUUGCUCAAGUGGGGAAGAAGGGGAACUCUUCGGCAGGUUGGCUACCGGUUUGCAGCCAAGUUCCCAAGUACUGUCAUCAAGUAACGGGAGCUUUAGUUGCUGGCUUCAUUGGACUCAUUAUGUAUUUGCUGCUGCUUCUCUACUCCAUCCAUACCAUCUUAAAUCCUCUUCUUCUUCAAAAGACUUAGAUAGGUUUCUUUGUCUUUUCUAUUACUGUUUUGGAGUUUUAGUUUCAUCUUUUGUUUUACUUAAAAUUUAUGUGCCUUUUGCGGAAUCCUUAUUAGAACUUACU